CGAGCGUGGCACGCUGGAGCUCGACCGCCGGCCGGAGAGGACGGUGACGGCUCCGCCCGAUCAACCACGGCAUCAUCUUGUCAAACGGGGUUGACUCAGGGUCAGAUUGGGAAUAGGAUGGUAAAAUUGAAGGCUUCUCUGAUGGUGGAUAAUUGGGGGGAGUGUUGGUAGGUGGGCGGUGUAUGCCCUCCCCGCCUCCAUUUCUCCUGCUUUCCAGCCCUAGGGCGUCGCCUUGAGAUGUCUAGGGUUCGUUCCUCCCUGGCCUGCGUUGCCUUCCUCUUCCUUUGCGUCUCUGCUUAUGGCGCGUGCCCUGUUGGUUGGAAAGUUGGCCCGGACAAUAUUAAGUGCUUCAUGUACAUCGGAAACUCCCUUUCCUGGGAUAGGUCAGAGGAGCUCUGCCAGAAUUACAGUGGCCAUUUGGCAGCCCUGACAUCAGUUCAGGAGUUGGGUUUUGCCCAAAGUCUAUGUUCUAAUGAUGCUAAUGGGUGUUGGGUUGGGGGACGAGGAUUCAAUUCCACAAGUGGCUUUAUCUGGAAAUGGUCUGACAAUUUGUCCAGUUGGAAUGGUUCAGUCUUCCCUGGGGAGCCAUUCCACUUCAAUUGUACAAAUGGUCCUUGUCAAAGUAAUGCUCCGACAGAUUCAUGUACUUUGGUGACUAAUGGUCAUGUUGCUCUUGUUGGUGAAAGAUGCAAUUCCUCUCACAAACUUAUCUGCAUGCGAUAUCAAGAAAAUACAUGCAACCUUAAGCAUUGCCAUGAAGAAUACUUCAUCAUCCUUGCUGUUGUUAGUGGUUUGAUCCUCUUUACCACCCUAGCUGUUGUAAUCUGGCUCCUUGCAUUCCGAAGGAGCAAGAAACGUAGAAGAUCACGGAAGAUAUCUUGUCCUUCAGAUGCUGCAUUAGUUCCUCCAUCAUGGAAAGUGUUCACGAAUGAAGAGUUGAGGUCAAUAACUAAGAAUUUCAGCGAAGGAAACCGACUUCUUGGUGAUGCUAAAACAGGUGGCACAUAUAGUGGACUUUUGCCUGAUGGAUCAAGAGUUGCUAUUAAAAGGUUGAGGCGAUCAAAUCUUCAGAGGAAAAAGGAGUUCUAUUCUGAGAUUGGGAGGGUUGCUAAGCUACAUCAUCCUAAUUUAGUGGCUCUGAAAGGCUGUUGCUAUGAUCAUGGGGAUCGCUAUAUAGUGUAUGAGUUUGUUGCUAAUGGGCCAUUGGAUAGAUGGCUGCAUCACUUACCCAGAGGGGGCAGGAGCUUGGACUGGGUGAUGAGAAUGAGAGUUGCAACUACUCUUGCUCAAGGAAUUGCAUUUCUGCAUGACAAGGUGAAGCCGCAUGUAGUCCAUCGGGAUAUCCGUGCAAGCAACGUGCUCCUGGAUGAAGAGUUUGGAGCACAUCUGAUGGGAGUUGGCCUCUCCAAGUUUGUAUCAUGGGAGGCAAUGCAUGAAAGGAUGGUGAUGGCUGGAACAAACGGUUAUCUUGCUCCAGAAUUCAUGUACAGGAACGAGCUGACAACAAAGAGUGAUGUUUACAGUUUUGGAGUGCUGCUGCUUGAGAUCGUUAGUGGCCGUCGGCCAGCUCAAGCGAUUGAUUCUGUGGGUUGGCAGAGCAUAUUCGAGUGGGCGACUCCUCUGGUCCAAUCUCACAGAUACUUAGAACUUCUGGAUCCACAGAUCUUGGAUGUUCCAGAGGUUGGUGUGGUACAGAAGGUUGUCGAUCUUGUAUACUCAUGCACGCAGCAUGUUCCAUCAGUUAGGCCUAGGAUGUCUCAUGUUGUCCACCAGCUGCAGCAGUUGGGACUGAGAGUCGCCGAGCAUUCUAGGAGUGGGACAAGUACCAGUGCUGCAUCUCCCAUGUUACCUCUGGAGUUAGAAACAGCACGCUGAGCUUCAUCCAUAUGCACUCUUCUACAGUAUUCUGUUUACUUUGAACAACUGAUCCAUUAGUGGUUUGUUUGUUACGUGUAGAUCUGCUUCCUGGUAUAACGUGUAUGCUAAAUUAUUAUUUUUUGGGGAAAUAUAUAAACGGAUGAAGUAUAGUGGUUACCUCAAGUAAUUAAUUUCAAGGAAGUUGAUUUACUUUA